AUGUAUUAACGAAUAGAAACUAUAUCUACCUUGCAAACCAUUAUCAAAUCUACGAAGGAACAAAUUGAUUAGUUUUAAGAUGAGAAAUAAUAAUUAGUUAAAAUAUUCAAUAAUAUGUCCAACAAAAGUCUGAUGACGAUUUAAAUUUUGAAAAUAUUACACGAAAACUCAAAUAGAUUUAGAAUAGAAAUCUAUUUAAUUCAAAUAAAUGACUAUAAGAUUUAACUAAAAUGA